AACAACCCCUCCCCCAAGAAACCAUGUUCCAUCCAGCAACUCUAUCCGAUCUCCACGAGAACCGUGAUAGCAAUUGGUACAGUGAUGGAUUACUGCAACUCCGGCCUAACCAUCAUCAAGAAUCCAUGGACAGCGGCGAAACUUCACCGCCGCUAUGGAAAACCUGCAGCCCCAGCCCACAAAAAAGCCCGUCUCACCCACUCCUCAACCACCGCUCUCUAUCGCCGGAUUCUCGGGCACAGGCCAUUGCGAGAGGGCAGUGGGAGCUCAUGGAGAUGGUGAAGAACAUGCCUGAAUCCUCCUACGAACUUACGUUAAAGGAUCUCGUCGAGCACCGCAGCAUAGAAGCUCAAGCCCCCGAAAACGAGCACCGGCGGGGAGUUGUGAAGGAGAGGCAACGAGAGAUCGGCAGGAAAUACGAGAGGAAUGAGAUGAGUUUGGAGAAGAAGGGCGUGUUUCUGAAUGUGGUGUUUCCGGUGUCGUUGGAGUCCCGGAAAAAGAACAGUAGAGGGAAAGUUUCGCCGAAGCCUGAGGGAUUGAAGGGCGGUGGUGAAAGAGACUGGUGGAAGAAAAGAUUUACGGGAUCCAGCGACAGUGAUAGCAGCAGAACCAGUAACGGCAGCAGCACCGGAAGCAGCGGCGGCGGCAGGUAUGUCGGUGGAAAAGACACGGAGUCCUAACUGGUUGCUGGCCCUUCUCCCACACCAAGGGAAGCAAAUCUGUAUAGUAAUCAAAACUUGUUGAUCGGAUCAGUUUUGGUCAAAUUAAAUCAGUCACAAAGCAAGUAUAACACACUUGUUAUGUGAUUGAUCACUUUCUUUAAACUGUAUAUCAAUAGCACGACAAGUAUAUUACACUUCUCGUGUUAUUGUGUCAAAACUGGAUCCAAACUAGAAUUUCCUGUACAGUAAUACCUCCUCUUGAUAGCAAAUCCUGAAUCCUCAUCUUGCACAAUUUUUAGAUAUACAUGAUAACAUUUUAGAAAAAAAAUAUCUAAAUAACGUAUAUGGAAAUUUUAGUUUACUUGGAUUUUAUUCAAUAUCAUACAUUAGGUAUUAUUGUAAUUUCAAUUUUUUUUAAUCUCAAUAAACUCUGUAUAUUCUUUGAUUAUUGAUGUUAAUAAUAUUAGCACGAAAUUGUUGAGCAGCCACUAGAUUUGAAAUAAAAGUUUGUGGCGAUACAUAGAGGCACAACACGUACCAUAAGAGUGUUUGUGUGGAGGUUAGAGAAAGAUGAAACAUAGCCAUCCUUAUUAGUCUGUAUUUAUGAAUGUAGGACCACUAGCUGACUCUAAUUUCCAAUUUCAAGUUUGAUGUAACAUUGAACUCUUAUGUGCCCAAAUUCUACAAGUGCACCUAACUUACGUUACCUUACCAAAUUAAAAUGGUUGCGUUCCAAAUAAAUGAGAUUCGGACAGGUGGGUACCUAGCUAACAAACUCAUAUUUUAUAAAUAAUAAAUGAUAUUUGUCUAUUUGAAUCCAAUUACUUUUGGGGAUAUUAGUGUAAUUUAGCCUCUCUUUUUUUUUUUUUUUAACCAUGAGUAUUUAUUUGAAAUGUUUGCGCACAUUUCUUAGACAAUUUGGUGUACUUACAAGAACUUCCUUCAUUAUUGCCAUAAUUACACUAAAAUCUCCGAUAAGGUGAUAAUUAUAUUUUCCUUACACAGUUGUAAACUAUUGUUUUAGAAAAAGGCCCGCUUAGCUUCGUAAUGUCAGAAUUUCAAA